AUGGGGUGGAGGUAUGGGUUUGUGAAUUACGCUCUCGAGCUUCUCGUGACCAAGACCUAUGGUGAGGAAACAUGGGAAAAAAUAAAAAAGAAGGCCGAAGUGGCUAUGGAAGGAUCAUUCCUGGUACGUCAAAUUUACGAAGACGAGGUUACGUACAAUCUAAUAACAGCUGCUGUUGAAAUUCUCCAAAAACCAGCUGAUGCGAUUUUGGAAUUGUUCGGAAUGACGUUCUUUGAAUUUUGCCAAGAUUCUGGAUAUGACAAGAUUCUUCAAGUACUUGGUGCAACACCUCGAGAUUUUCUACAGAAUCUAGACGGCUUACACGAUCAUUUGGGUACUCUUUAUCCUGGAAUGAGAGCACCAUCAUUCCGAUGCACUGAAAGACCAGAGGACGGGGCUCUCGUACUCCAUUACUACUCUGAUAGACCUGGCUUGGAGCAUAUUGUUAUUGGUAUCGUCAAGACAGUAACAAGCAAGCUGCACAAGACGGAAGUGAAAGUGGAAAUCUUAAAAACGAAGGAAGAAUGUGAUCACGUCCAGUUUCUCAUUACGGAGACAUCGAAUCCUGGACGCGUGUCUGUACCUGAAAUCGCGGAAAUUGAAACUUUGUCACUUGAGCCUAAAGUCAGUCCAGCGACAUUCUGCCGAGUUUUCCCAUUCCAUCUUAUGUUCAAUCGAGAACUGAACAUCGUGCAAGCCGGGCGCACGGUAUCCCGUCUACUGCCAAGAGUUACUCGUCCUGGCUGCAAGAUUACUGAUGUUUUGGAUACGGUACGUCCACAUUUGGAGAUGACGUUUUCAAACGUUUUAGCUCACAUCAAUACGGUGUAUGUUUUGAAAACUAAGCCAGAGGAAAUGAUAGUUGCUGAUACUCAUGAAGAAAUAGCGUCCUUGCGCUUGAAGGGUCAAAUGCUAUAUAUUCCAGAAACAGAUGUGGUCGUAUUCCAAUGUUAUCCAAGCGUGACUAAUUUAGAUGAUUUGACACGUCGUGGGCUUUGCAUCUCAGACAUUCCAUUACAUGAUGCUACCAGAGACCUGGUAUUGAUGUCAGAACAAUUUGAAGCAGACUACAAGUUAACCCAGAAUUUGGAAGUUCUGACUGAUAAAUUGCAACAAACAUUCCGUGAAUUGGAGGCGGAAAAGCAAAAAACUGACAGGCUCCUGUAUUCCGUACUACCAAUAAGUGUUGCCACCGAGCUGCGUCACUGUCGCCCAGUCCCAGCGCGUCGUUACGAUCCAGUAACUCUGCUCUUUAGCGGUAUUGUUGGUUUUGCCAACUACUGCGCCAGGAAUAUCGACCACAAAGGUGCUAUGAAGAUCGUCAAAAUGCUCAAUGAUUUGUACACUGCCUUUGACGUACUUACCGAUCCGAAGAGAAAUCCCGAUGUUUAUAAAGUAGAAACCGUUGGAGAUAAAUACAUGGCAGUGUCUGGUCUACCUGAAUAUAAAGUGGCACACGCUAAACAUAUCUCAUUACUCGCACUUGAAAUGAUGGAUCUGUCUCGAACAGUUACAGUGGACGAUGAACCUGUAGGUAUUACUAUAGGUAUUCAUUCUGGUGAAGUUGUAACUGGUGUAAUUGGUCAUCGUAUGCCACGAUACUGCCUCUUCGGUAACACAGUUAAUCUAACCAGCCGUUGUGAGACCACAGGAGUACCAGGAACAAUCAAUGUUAGCGAGGAUACUUACAGCUACCUAAUGCGGGAAGAUAAUCAUGAUGAACAGUUUGAGCUUACCUACCGCGGUCAUGUAUCUAUGAAAGGAAAGGCUGAGCCGAUGCAGACCUGGUUCCUAACAAGAAAGAAGACUUAAUUUACCCAUAUUUCAUUGACACAUUUAUUCCAGAAUUCUAUUAUAUUACCGAAAUUUAAAACUUAUAAGAGAUUAUAUAAUGUUUAAUGUA